AUGGCGGUGGUUCCCGGAGGUCCCCGCUCCGGGCCUGCAGCGGGCGCCCACUUUUUCUGCACCGCGGGCCGCGGCCUGGAGCCCUUCCUGAUGCGGGAGGUGCGGGAGCGGCUGGCUGCCACCCAGGUUGAAUACAUUUCAGGAAAAGUUUUUUUCACCACCUGUUCUGACUUGAAUAUGCUGAAACAAUUGAAAUCUGCAGAAAGGUUAUUUUUGCUGAUUAAAAAGCAGCUUCCAUUUCCUGUUUCUUCUGUAAAUAAAGGAAAAAUAUUAAAUGAACUUCAAAGACUUAUAAAUGAUGAUCCUGAAAGUUGGUUGAAUGCCAUUUCAAUUUGGAAGAAUCUUCUUGAACUUGAUGCAAAAAAGGAAAAACUUUCUCACAAAAAUGCUAACCCACUCAAAAGAAAAGUGGGAGAAGAUGAUAUCACUGCUAAGAAAUUGAAAACGGAACAAAUCCAAGAGAUACAAGAGACUAAGGAAUGCCAGCUGGAAAAACAAAUAGAAGAAAAAAUAUUGGAGCAAGGAAAUUUUAUCACUGAAGGAGAAAAAUUUCAAGAAGAACUUCAGAAUGAUAUAACGGAAGCUGUUGAUACUCGUAACCAGAGCAACUUAACUUUUAGAGUUUCCUGUCGCUGCAGUGGCGCCAUUGCAAAGAUCAUUACUGCGCAGGAGGUAGGAAGAGUAAUUGGAAUUGCUCUUAUGAAACAGUUUGGAUGGAAAGCAGAUUUGAGGAAUCCAAAUUUGGAGAUCUUUAUACAUCUAAGUGACAUUUACUCUGUGCUGGGAAUUCCUGUGUUCAGGGUUCCUUUAGCCUGCAGACCUUACAUCAAGACACCAGGGUUGAGAUCUACUAUAGCCUGGGCAAUGGCCUCCCUCGCAGAAAUUAAGGCUGGUGCAGUUGUUUUAGAUCCAAUGUGUGGACUUGGAACAAUACUUUUGGAAGCUGCUAAGGAAUGGCCAGAUGUGUAUUAUGUGGGUGCUGAUGUCAGUGACUCACAGUUAUCAGGUGCAUACGACAAUCUGAAAGCUGCAGGCCUCAAGGAUAAAAUUGAGUUACUUAAAGUCUCUGUUAUAGAAUUGCCAUUGCCUUCAGAAAGUGUCGAUAUUAUUAUUUCAGAUAUUCCAUUUGGAAAAAAGUUUAAGUUAGGAAAAGACAUCAAAAGGACUGUGCAGGAGAUGGAAAGAGUGCUUCGUGUUGGUGGGACCAUCGUGCUGUUACUCAGUGAAGAUCACCACAGGCACCUGAAGGGCGGUGAGGCGAGUAGCGGCCCUUUGGCUUCCCGGGGCGGCCGCACAGGGGAACCUGGAGGCGAAGAGCGCGUGACUGGUGCAGAAAAAGCGGCUGUGUCAGCGCCAGCGCCAUCCUCACCCGCAGCCAGCAGCCAGGAGCGCUCGGCCAGGGUGCCACCGCUUGGCUCUUUGGUGCCGGUGGACUGCUACAGAGUGAGCCUUGGGAAGACAGACGCACUCAUCUCCAAGUAUAUGAAGUCGUCCUCCCCUGGGCGAUAG